AUGGAUGAUGCAUUAAAUGUAACAUAUAUAACUCUUUAUGGGUAUGUGGACAUGGGCAUAAACAGGUAUUUUCUUUUUAUUCAUAUGUUGAUGGUAUUUAUUCUAGCAAUCACCUUUAAUUUGACCAUUGUGUACCUUAUUGGGAUAAACAAUAACCUCCAUGAGCCGAUGUACAUUUUCAUUGCAGCUUUGCUACUGAACUCAGUCGUUACCAGCACUACUGUGUACCCAAAAUUGUUAAUUGACAUUUUAUCCGAAAAAUCAAUCAUAUCAUAUUCCGCCUGUCUCUUACAAUGUUAUAUAUAUUACUCCUUUAGUGCUUCAGAUUUCUUACUGUUGGCAGCCAUGGCCUAUGACAGGUAUGUGUCUAUAUGUAAACCUCUGCAAUAUCCAACUAUCAUGAGCAAAACCACAGUGUGUAUAAUUCUGUUUCUUUCUUGGCUUCUUCCUGCUAUUCAGGUUGCAGUCCCAACAUUACUUAGUGCUAAUUUGAAACUGUGUAAAUUCACUUUAAAAGCAAUUUUUUGUAACAAUUCCUAUUACAGUCUCUACUGUGUGACUUCAGCAGCACGAUCUCUAUCAGAUAUGAUUAGUAUAUUUACUAUGAUGAUAUUACCAAUACUCUUCAUACUUUUUACAUAUACCAGGAUACUUAUAAUAUCCUACCGAAGUUCUAGAAAUGUCAGGACAAAAGCUGCCCAGACUUGUACACCCCACCUGGUAGUUUUAAUCGGCUUUUCCUCUGUGUGUCUAUAUGAUGUCCUUAUAGUUCAACUGGAUAUGGGAUCUGAAAUACAUUUCAUAAUGACUUUACAAGCGUUUUUGUAUUAUCCUCUCUUCAAUCCAGUUGUAUAUGGACUAAAAAUGAAAGAAAUCUUUAAACACCUGAAUAAGUUGUUCUGCCAAACCAAAAUGAUUUGA